AUGCAGGCCAUGCGUAUGCAUCUGCAGGCCAAGAAGCAGGAGCUGAGCAAAGCAAUGGCGGAACAGUUGCAAGCUGCAGGUGAUGGCGUCCGGGACCGUGCUCGACGCAAGGUUGAUGCCGUUAGAAGGAAGUGCCAAGUUGAGCUGAAGACCCUCCGUGCGAAGGCUAUCGAAGAAAGUGAAGCCAGAGAGAAGGAGGACACAAAGCUGAGAGACAAACUGUUGAAGGCCGAAGAAGCUUUGCGCCAUGCUGCAGCACAGGAGCGAGAAGAGUUAAAGACAAUGAGGGAAGCAGGUGAAGCAGAGUUGGCGCGAAUCGCCGCCCAAUUUGAGGAGGACACCGCGCGACAACUGCAGAAGCUAGAGGCAUCCCAUUGCCAGCAAGAGGAGAUGCUCGUGAUGCGCGAAGAGCACAGCUCCCAGGCACAAGGUAAUGCCACAGCUCAAGCUUGGAAGCAGCGUUUGGCAGAUGCAGAGCUGGCAGCAGCUGAAGCACGGGCGCAACUGUGCGAAGCUUCACAAGUACAAGAGAAGCUUUGGCUACAGAGCUCGCAGAGGGUGGAAGAGCUGCUCGAUGAGUCUUCAAAAUUGGAGGAGGAGACUCCGAUCUUGUCCAAAGAAGUAACAGGUGGCAGCAAGAGAACGGAACUUAUCUUACUUUUCAGGUGA